ACCGGGCGGAGCGCGCUGCCUGCUGGGAUACUCGGCCCGCCCAGCCAGUCCUCCCGGCUUGCGCUGCGGCGGCGAGAUCCGCGUUUUUCCCAAGAUGGUGGCGCUGGGUUCGGGGUGACUGCAGGAGACGACAGAGCCUGAAUCCCCUUCGCCAGAACCUCGACACAUCGCCUUCCUCUCGCUUGCACACCUCGCUACCACUUAGCCAUCUGCCGGCCCAGGCACUCGCCUUUCGCUCCUGCCUCCGACUUGAGCUUCAUCUGUGCGGACCUAGCGAUUACGGCCUCGGGGAGCGGCGCCUCCCUCGGCUCCUCCUUGGGGUCGCGCUCGGAGCAGCUUACAGUCUAGCCCCGGGUCGGCGGGCCCCGCAGCUCUCUAGUGGGGACAAGCAGCGGCGGAGCGGCGGCUGGCGACGAGCGCGGGGUUUUAUGCGGCCCCGGUGCCCCCUUUCCCGGCCUUAGUCUCCGGAGAAGGAAGCGCGGGUCCCGCAUGAGCCCCGGCGGUGGCGGCAGCGAAAGGGAACGAGGCGGCGGCGGGCGGAGGCGGCGAGCGAGGGCGACGACGACUAGUGAGGCGGCCGCUUCUGCGAGGGCCACAGCCCAGGCGCGGGGGCGACAACAGGUUAAAAAUCUGUAAGAACCUGAUUUUACAAUUCAUCAGCUCCUCAGAAGUUUGGCGAAAUAUGAGUUAUUAAACCUACGCUCAGAUCAAGUUAGCAGCUAGACUGGUGUGACUACCUGUUUUUAAUCAGUGACUCAAAGCUGUGAUCACCCUGAUGUCACCGAAUGGCCACAGCUUGUAAAAGUGCCAGCAGGUUUAUUUUUUGUUUUGCAAGCCUGCUCUGCCUCCUUACAGUAUGACAUCUGAUGCUGGAGGGUCGCACUUUCAAAAAUGAGUCAGCUGGUACAUGGGGUUAUCAUCAGUUUUUAGCUCUUCUGUCUGAGACAUACAAACAAGUUUGGAAGCAAUCUUGGGGUACUUACCCACAAGGCUGGUGGAGACCAGGUGUGUCACAAAGAUCGCCAGGAGAACCUCAGUCUGACAACAUCGAAGCUAGCCGAAUGAAGCGAGCAGCUGCAAAGCAUCUAAUAGAACGCUACUACCACCAGUUAACUGAGGGCUGUGGAAAUGAGGCCUGCACGAAUGAGUUUUGUGCUUCCUGUCCAACUUUUCUUCGUAUGGAUAACAAUGCAGCAGCUAUUAAAGCCCUCGAGCUUUAUAAGAUUAAUGCAAAACUCUGUGAUCCUCAUCCCUCCAAGAAAGGAGCAAGCUCAGCUUACCUUGAAAACUCGAAAGGUGCCCCUAACAACUCCUGCUCUGACAUAAAAAUGAACAAGAAGGAAGGACAAGGAGCAAGAGAUGAUUUUAGAGAUGUGACUUACCUAACAGAAGAUACGGUAUAUGAAAUUCUUGAAUUAUGUAGAGAGAGAGAGGAUUAUUCCCCUUUAAUCCGUGUUAUUGGAAGAGUUUUUUCUAGUGCUGAGGCAUUGGUACAGAGCUUUCGGAAAGUCAAGCAACACACCAAGGAAGAACUGAAAUCUCUUCAAGGAAAGGAUGAAGACAAAGAUGAGGAUGAAAAGGAAAAAGCUGCAUGUUCUGCUGCUGCUGCUGCUAUGGAAGAAGAUUCAGAAGCAUCUUCUUCAAGGAUAAGUGAUAGUUCACAAGGAGAUAACAACUUACAAAAAUUAGGCCCUGAUGAUGUGUCUGUGGAUAUUGAGGCCAUUAGAAGGGUCUACACCAGAUUACUCUCUAAUGAAAAAAUAGAAACUGCUUUUCUCAAUGCACUUGUAUAUUUGUCACCUAAUGUGGAAUGUGACUUGACAUAUCACAAUGUAUACUCUCGAGAUCCUAAUUAUCUGAAUUUAUUCAUUAUUGUAAUGGAGAAUAGAAAUCUCCACAGUCCUGAAUAUCUGGAAAUGGCUUUGCCAUUAUUUUGCAAAGCAAUGAGUAAGCUACCCCUUGCAGCCCAAGGAAAAUUGGUUAGACUGUGGUCUAAAUACAGUGCAGACCAGAUUCGCAGAAUGAUGGAAACAUUUCAGCAACUUAUUACUUACAAGGUCAUAAGCAAUGAAUUUAACAGUCGCAAUCUAGUGAAUGAUGAUGAUGCUAUUGUUGCUGCUUCAAAGUGCUUGAAAAUGGUUUACUAUGCAAAUGUAGUGGGUGGGGAAGUGGACACAAAUCAUAAUGAAGAAGAUGAUGAAGAGCCCAUCCCUGAGUCCAGUGAAUUGACACUUCAGGAGCUUUUGGGAGAGGAAAGAAGAAACAAGAAAGGUCCUCGAGUGGACCCACUGGAAACUGAACUUGGUGUUAAAACUCUGGACUGUCGAAAACCACUUAUCCCUUUUGAAGAGUUUAUUAAUGAACCACUGAAUGAUGUUCUAGAAAUGGAUAAAGACUAUACUUUUUUCAAAGUAGAAACAGAGAACAAAUUCUCUUUCAUGACAUGUCCCUUUAUAUUGAAUGCUGUCACAAAGAAUUUGGGAUUAUAUUAUGACAAUAGAAUUCGCAUGUACAGUGAACGAAGAAUCACUGUUCUCUACAGCUUAGUUCAAGGACAGCAGUUGAAUCCAUAUUUGAGACUCAAAGUCAGACGUGACCAUAUCAUAGAUGAUGCACUUGUCCGGCUAGAGAUGAUCGCUAUGGAAAAUCCUGCAGACUUGAAGAAACAGUUGUAUGUGGAAUUUGAAGGAGAACAAGGAGUUGAUGAGGGAGGUGUUUCCAAAGAAUUUUUUCAGCUGGUUGUGGAGGAAAUCUUCAAUCCAGAUAUUGGUAUGUUCACAUAUGAUGAAUCUACAAAAUUGUUUUGGUUUAAUCCAUCCUCUUUUGAAACUGAGGGUCAGUUCACUCUGAUUGGUAUAGUGCUGGGUCUGGCUAUUUACAAUAACUGUAUACUGGAUGUACAUUUUCCCAUGGUUGUCUACAGGAAGCUAAUGGGGAAAAAAGGAACUUUUCGUGAUCUGGGAGACUCUCACCCUGUCCUAUAUCAGAGUUUAAAAGAUUUACUGGAAUAUGAAGGGAAUGUAGAAGAUGACAUGAUGAUCACUUUCCAGAUAUCUCAGACAGACCUUUUUGGUAAUCCAAUGAUGUAUGAUCUAAAGGAAAAUGGUGAUAAAAUUCCAAUUACAAAUGAAAACAGGAAGGAAUUUGUCAAUCUCUAUUCUGACUACAUUCUCAAUAAAUCAGUAGAAAAACAGUUUAAGGCUUUUCGGAGAGGUUUUCAUAUGGUGACCAAUGAAUCUCCCUUAAAAUAUUUAUUCAGACCAGAGGAAAUUGAAUUGCUUAUAUGUGGAAGCCGGAAUCUAGACUUCCAAGCACUAGAAGAAACUACCGAAUAUGAUGGUGGCUAUACCAGGGACUCUGUUCUGAUUAGGGAGUUCUGGGAAAUUGUUCAUUCAUUUACAGAUGAGCAGAAAAGACUCUUCUUGCAGUUUACAACAGGCACAGACAGAGCACCUGUGGGUGGACUAGGAAAAUUAAAGAUGAUUAUAGCCAAAAAUGGCCCAGACACAGAAAGGUUACCUACAUCUCAUACUUGCUUUAAUGUCCUUUUACUGCCGGAAUAUUCAAGCAAAGAAAAACUUAAAGAAAGAUUGUUGAAGGCCAUCACUUAUGCCAAAGGAUUUGGCAUGCUGUAAAAAAAAAAAAAAAAGAAGAAGAAGAAGAAGGAAAAAAAAAUGAAAAAAGAAAAAAAAAAGGAAAUUUAAAAUUUUAAUACAUAUAACAAGAGGGAUAAAAUUGGUGGUGAUAGUAUCCCAGUACAAAAAGGCUGUAAGAUAGUGAACCACAGUAGUCACCUAUGUCUGUGCCUCCCUUCUUUAUUGGGGAUAUAUGGGCUGGAACAGCAGAUUUCAGCUACUUAUAUGAACAAAUCCUUUAUUAUUAUUAUUAUUUUUUUUUUUUUUUGGUGUGAAAGUGUUACUUAUUCUUUCACUUGUAUGUACAGAGAGGUUUUUCUGAAUAUUUAUUUUAAGGGUUAAAUCACUUUUGCUUGUGUUUAUUACUGCUUGAGGUUGAGCCUUUUUGAGUAUUUAAAAAAUAUAUACCAACAAAACUACUCUCCCAAGGAAAAUAUUACCACCAUUUGUAGACUGUGUAACCUUCAAGUAUGUGCUAUUUUGUCCCUGUAUCUAACUCAAAUCAGGAACUGUGCUUUUUUUUUUUUUUUUUUUUUUUUUUUUUAAAAACAAUUUGCUUUGAAACUUGAAGUCUUGAAAACAGUGUGAUGCAAUUGCUGCUGUUCUAGUCCCCAAAGAGUUUUCUGUGCAAAAUCUUGAAAUCAAUAAAGAUGGAAGGGAGAACUUGGAAUGUUUUAACUGCAGCCCUCAGAACUUUACUUUAGAAACAGCACAACAAAUUAAAAACAACUCAUGCCACAGUAUGUCGUCUUCAUGUGUCUUGCAAUGAACUGUUUCAGUAGCCAAUCCUCUUUCUUAGUAUAUGAAAGGACAGGGAUUAUUUUGUUGUUGUUGUUGUUGUUGUUAUUGUUGUUGUUGUUGUUGUUGUUGUUUUAAGUUUACUGGGGAAAAGUGCAUUUGGCCAAAAGAAAUGGUAGUCAAGCCUGUUGCAAGAAAGUUAGGAAGUUUGUUGUUUAUUAUAAAUUCAAAGCAUGUGAAAGUGCACUUAAAAUAAAUUUUUUAUUAAUUACUUAUUACCUGCAUUUUAAAUAGACAAUCCAAAGUCUUCCCUUCAUGUUGCCAUCAUCUUGUCUAAUCAGCCAUUUUAUCAAGGCACAUGAUCAGUGUUGCAACAUAAUGGAAAGGAUGGCUAUUGUGCCUUGUUUUACCUAAUCAUACAUUAAGCAGACCUGGAAAUGAAUGGAACUAUUACUCUUAAGUCCUAUCUACAUUGUAUAUCCCCAAAGAUUAAGUUUUACUUCAAAAAGUAAGUGUUAAAUAUUACUUUCAUGUACUAUGGAAAAGUACAAAUACGUUUAAAUUACUGGAAGUUCAGAAGUAAGUAGUUUCCCCUUUCUAGUCUUCUGUGUCUGUGGUGUUAAUUUGUUUUAUUGCAAUAUAAAAUAAAAGGAUUAUGUAUUUUUAACUAAGGAGAAACAUAUUGAUAUAUCCUUUUACUACAAGCUACAUACAGCUAAUGUGCUGAGCUUGUGCUUUGAUGAUUGUUUUAACAGACUACGAUCAGCUGAUGAUUUGUUUGCAAUUGACAGGAAAAAUACAGCUUUUCAAAUCACUGGAGGGGAAAAAGGAUGUCUUUGAGGAUUAUUUUAAUUAUUUUAGUAAUUGAAACACAUCUGUUAUGUACCAUAUUGCUAAAUAAAGCAGUAACAUUUUUCAUCAUAAUUUAGUGGAAAAAGAAAAUAAUGCUUUCCAUCUUGUGAUAAAGUAACGUUUUUGUUUUUUGUUUUUUUCUGGGCCAGCCUUUAGAACACUGUUAAGGUAUGUACACUACCUUGAUGCAAGGGACUCUCAUGCUACUACAGUUAUCUUAAAGAGUGUCUCAUCCAUGUGCUUGUGUAUAAUGAAAGUGAGAAGGAGAGAAAUAAAAUACUCUGGGGGCAUUUUAUAAUAAAUUCGUGAAGAAAUGUGUGCUCUUCAGUUCUCAAAUUCUAUUACCACAGUAUUGAAGUUCUACAAUUGUAUUAAUAUAUCUGUAUGAAGUCUGUGAAUGGUAAUUGAGUAUAGGUUAUCAGAUAUAGAAUUCACAUCAAAUAGACUUUUAACAAACAGUUCAAAAUAAACCUACCCUUAAAAAUAUUCUAAGAGAAAAAGUCAUUGGUUGUCCAUAGUAGCCUCUCUCACUUGCUUAAUAAUUAUCCUGGGCAUGUUACCACUUCUUAUCAUUGCCUCCUGUUCACUACUGUUUACCAGAAUGCCACUGAACAAUAUCUCAAGGAAGAGGAAAACAGAAAUUUUGACUAAUGACUACUUACUCUACCCCAAAUGUCAUAUUAUUAAAGCACAUUUUUGCCUGGACACUCUUACAUAUUUUGGUUAUCUGUCAAUCAGCCUACAGUCUCCCAAGAAGUUCUGGGACAAAAUGAACCAUAAACUAAAAUAAUUAAAUUUCCAAAUGGAAACUUUGUGUUUAAUAUUUUAUUAUUUUAGAAAAUUCCAAACAUGCAAUAUAAAAAUACAACUUGAAGCCAAAUUUUCCCUGAGCCUGGCAGCUUCAGCAAAUGAGUUAGAUUUCCUGACCCUAUACUGUAUACUACUUUCCUGGGUUGUGGUUAAUUGUGUGAUAAAAUACAAUUACAACUUCCGUAGCCUCAUUUGUGUAGGAAAGAUAAAUAUCCAAACAAAAAACAACUUGAAAAUGAGGCUUCAAACUGAACUGCGGAUGUUAUUCAUUCAUAGUUGUGACCUAGCAAUGUCAUUCCCUUUCCUAUAAGAACACAACUGUGCUGGGGUUUUAAGCCCCUUUGGGAUUUUUCUCAGUUUCAUAGUCUGUUACAGGAAGGACUGUUUUCCUGAGGCUACUCUAUUUAUAGUCUUGAUCCCCUUGCUAUCUGUCUAUCCAUCCUGUCAUCUAUCUAUCUAAUCUAUCUUUUUUUUACCUUACCACCUUUUUUACCUUCCAUAGCUUCUUAAGGAACAUCUCUACCCCUCCCACCCCUUCCCUGAGCCACCAAAGAAUUCAAAAACAAGCUUCUAUUUUACUCCCUCUUGUCUUCCUCUACUCAGUGUCAUUAGUCUAUAAAGAAUUUCCUGGGGAGGACAGAGUGUCAAAUGCAAAGUCCCAAAGCUUUUUCCUCUUCCCUGUUCAAAUCCAGUAGAUUGGCUUUUGUUAAAAAAAAAAAAAAAAAAAAAAAAAAAAAAAAAAACUAAAAGAUUUUAAUGCAAAUGUCUGUGAGAAAUGCUGCUAAUCCAUUUCUGUCCUACUGAAAAUGCUGUCCUGAAGAAUGCUCAUAACCUGAAUUGCCAGCAAGGGCUCUAAUCUUGCCAACAACUUGAACUUAAUUUGCCUGUUAUUUGGUUCCUUUUUUUGGUUGGAUGUAUACUGUCCAGAUCUUGGAUGGAUACUAUAAUUAAAGUUCUUGUCUUGCCCAA